CUGGCCGGGGUCCAGCACGUGGUUCUGGUGCUCUCAGGGAAAGGGGGAGUGGGCAAGAGCACCAUCGCCACUGAGCUAGCACUGGCUUUGCGGCACGCUGGGAAAAAGGUUGGGAUCCUGGACGUGGACCUCUGCGGCCCCAGCAUCCCUCGCAUGCUCAACGUGCAGGACAGAGAUGUUCAUCAGUGCGACAGCGGCUGGGUGCCCGUCUUUGUCGACCAAGACAAGAGCAUCUCCCUAAUGUCCAUUGGCUUCCUUCUGGAGAAGCCGGACGAUGCCGUGGUGUGGAGAGGGCCCAAGAAAAACGCUUUGAUCAAGCAGUUCAUCUCGGAUGUGGCUUGGGGAGACCUCGACUUCUUGAUUGUGGACACGCCUCCCGGGACCUCUGAUGAGCACAUCACGGCAGUGGAAUCCCUUCGACUGUAUCGGCCUCUGGGGGCCAUUUUGGUCACAACACCACAGGCCGUGUCUGUGGCGGACGUGAGGCGAGAGCUGACCUUCUGCAAGAAGACGGGGCUGAAGGUCAUCGGCAUCGUAGAGAACAUGAGCGGCUUCGUCUGCCCGCACUGUUCAGAAUGCACCAAUGUCUUUUCUAAAGGAGGCGGGCAAGAGUUGGCCCAGCAUGCCGGGGUCCCGUUCCUUGGGUGCGUGCCCCUGGACCACCAGCUCACCCGCAGCUUGGAAGAAGGCAGAGACUUCGUCCAGGAAUUCCCCAAGAGUUCAGCCUUCCCCGCGCUUGCCAGCAUCACCCAGCACAUCUUGAGUGUGGCGUCUCGCAGCUCCUGAGACUGGCGUCGAUGCUGCCGCCCUCCUGGCAAGACACAAAGAGGCAGCUUUUCAAAGCACCUGGCAAGGUGGGGAGGGAGCAUCUUUGGAAAGCAGCCAUUGCAUGAUGACAACCCCUCCCCCCGGGGGGGGCAAGGCCUAGUCUUUCGAGCGGAUCUGUGGGCGUUUGCUUCCCUGACAAGUGACUGCAGAGUGGAGCUUGGAGUGCCCCCCCCUUGGAGCAAAUGGUGUGGCUGGCUGGCUGGCCGGCCGGCCCUGCAUUUCAGCUGCCAGGAACUCUGCACAUUUCCACACCAAGGACAGACGUGAGAUCUCCCCCCACACACUUUAAUAAAGCCGAGUUGUGGGAGCAGGACUGGGGUAUUUGGUACGUUCAUUUCAUCUCCCCGCAGCCUCUUGCACAGAAGCCUUAUUAAGUCGGUACAACCCGUACCCAGCUGGGCACGCGCACCUUGCGACGGAAGCGUUCCUGCGAGAGCCUCAAGUCGAUCGGCGUCACUUGAAUAGGUUUCCUCACUGCUCUGCAGAUUUAAUCAUGACUCAGGAAUUUUGGAGAAGAUCAAAAAAUAAUGCAUUAAACUGUCUCGACUG